AUGUCUUGCUUACAGCAAAACUCUGUUUUGGGAUCUCCCAAUUCCAAUUUAGGCACUUGUGGUGGUGGAGAGUUGUUGAAGCUAGAAAAGAUGGGGGUGAAUGUGAACUCAUAUCUUAAUUCAAGCUCUGCAUUAAUGGAGAAAGGGGUGAUCAAAGAAAGUAGUGGCAAGGCUGCAAGUGGUUGUGGUAAUGAAUCAGAGCAUGGCAUGCACACUUGGACUGAGAGGGAAAGAAGGAAGAAGAUGAGGGACAUGUUCUCUAGCCUUCAUGCUCUGCUUCCUCAGCUUCCAGCUAAGGCAUAUAAGUCCACCAUUGUUGAUGAGGCAGUGAGGUAUAUCAAGUCCCUGGAAAAAACUCUUCAAACAAAACAAAAACAAAAGCUUGACAAACUCCAGAGGCAGAGCACUAGUGCAUUGAUAGCAUCAAACACAGAGCUAGCUGGUGAGACAAGGGAAGCGUUUUUGGCUGAUCAUCUACAUCCAUCAAAGAACUUGAUGGUCACAAAUGCAUUCCCAGCUUCUCUUUCUCCCGCUUGCUUCGAGACGUGGUUUUCGCCAACUGUUGUCGUGAACAUUUGCGGCCCUGAUGCUCAGUUCAGUGUUUGUUCGCCGAGAAAACCAGGGCUCUUGACAACCAUCUUGUACAUUCUAGAGAAGCAUGAACUGGAUGUGGUCUCUGCUCACAUCUCCUCGGAUCAAUAUCGUUGCAUGUACAUGAUCCAUGCUCAUGCGGGUGGAUCUUGUGAUCAUUUCCCUGAGGCAUUAUCAGUGGAGGACACAUUCAAACUAGCAGCAGGUGAAAUAAAUUUGUGGCUCUUGUCCUGUUGA